AUGCCCUUAGGAGAAUAUUCUAUAAGUGCUAUGGCUCGCCUUGCCCCUCGGGAGGCAACUUAUGCCUUUUUACUUUCUUCCUCCAAAAUUAAUGGCAUAUAUCACGUCGGCAUCGACCUAGGUCGGCUAGGCUUUACCCAGCCAAGGCAGGAAGGAUACAAGGCGCACAUUAAAGCGUUUUGGACUGAGAGCCAGAGUGUUAUUCAAGUUGUGUUAUUCAACAAUGGGGUUUUCGUGGUGGGGAGGGCUAAGAAGUGUGUGCACAGUGAGGAGGCAAUGGGCGUGGAAGCUAUAGCCUUGCAAAAAUCUGUGAGGUUUGCUCGACUUCAAGGAAUACAGUCUAUUAUUUUGGAAGGGGAUUCUAUUCAAUUUUUGAAAUCUAUUCAGGCUAUAGAUAUUGAGGAACAUGCGGAAUCCAGGGCCGUAGAUCUGGAUAGUGUGAGGCUUGGACUCAAAAGUUUGAAUUAUUACCAGAUGACUAUGGUCGGAGAAAUGGUAAAAGAGUGGCGUUAA